AUGACUGCCACAGUCCAAGAAGAGAUGAUUCCCACAACAACUACGCCACCGUUGACGGAUUUGCAGGAUGUUGAUCAUGUCGUUGCGGUCGUGGUCGAUGUCACUAAGGUACGGGAGAAGGGCAUUACUGCUCCUGUUUCGCCAAGCCGCGUAACUAAGCAACCUUGUGAAGAGGAGUCGGCCAUUCCCCUCUAUGCUAUGACAUGUGUUGAACUAGGGAAGCAACAGCCUCCCAUUACCAUCGAGCGUGCAAAGUCCCAUUCCUCUAUCAUCGAUGACACGAUUGGAGGAACCCAUCCUGAUGUUGGUAAGCACUCCAACUCAUCUGCUUGUUAUUUGGCCAAUUGGAAAUUUCGAAAGAUGCCGGGGAAGGAUGGAGACAGCUGUCGCGGCGUUGCGAGAAGCCAAGGUCCGGUUCGCAGUUGUCUUGGGCCGAGUAUGGGAGGACUAAUUGGCGGGCUGUUAUACGGAGUUCAGCUGGUGGGUUUGACAUCGCAUGUGGAGAGGAUGGAGCAAGAGGAUGGAGGUGUUCGUGGCAGUAGUGGACACGACAUCACAAUUUGA